CCGUAUGACGCGCAACAUUCAUGUAUUUAAUUAUUUAUUUAUCUGUUCAUCUAUUACGUAAUUUAUUCUACAAGUACAAUGACAACGGGUGGAGUUUUCUGGCUGCUGUUGGCCGCAGCGUGGAUGACGACGGUUAAGGUAUUUGGCCAGCGUUAUGACGAAUAUUACGUGCAACCCGGCAAGUACCUCCCUCCAUACGCCGCAUACAACGACCGGCCUCCACCGCCCCGAACUCCCUAUAAGGUGCCCCAAUACGAUCCGGACACGCCCAGUUACGAGGACAGCCCGGCGGCCGACUACGGACCGAACUACUGGAGAGGUCAGCAUAUUCGGCCGACGCCCACCGCCAACACCUGCCCUGCCACCACGCCCCCGCCCUGCAGCACCCUCCUGACCACGGUGACCGGGACGGUGGUCGGAGCGUUAUGCGCGCAGACCACCAUCACCCUGUACGCCGGCGGCACCGUGGACUCGCCGGGACGACGUCGCCGCUCCAACGCCGAAACGGUAACCGUAACGCGUCAGGUAACUGUAACGGUAACCGCGCAGGCAACAUCGGAGGUCGUCGUCAGCACCACCGUGUACACCGACCGCACGACGAUCCCUUGCACGGCGGUGGAGAUCCGCCUGCCGACCACGGACGCGACGUCGCCGACCGUUGUACCGUGCUGUCCGUUGACGUUGUCGGAGACCAAGACCAGGACGUGCACCCUCAAUGUGCAGGUGACCUCGUACCGCGAUGUGGAGAACCGCGGCGGGACCCUGUACUCGGCGCUGGGCCAGUCCUAUCCUCCGGUCACCGUGUCGUCCCGCUGCACGGUCCGUAAUUGGCAAGGAUAA